GAGGUAAAAAUUGGGGAUCAGCUUCAGGAGUCAGGGGAAAAUGUUUUUGUUGGUGGCAAGAACCGCUGGAAGUAUUCAACAUUUGUCAAUUGGGAGCUUUGGUGGCCGCAGUUUCCUGUCUUGGUGUAUUUUAAAGAGACACAGACAAAACCUGAAGGACAAGUUCACUUUUUUCCAGUACUUUUUGUGAGUACCUUGAUCCGUGAAAAUGGAAAGCAGCUUUAUGAUGUCAUGUUGGAGCGUGCAGGCCCAACAGUAACUAGUGCGCCCAAAUAAUCUGCAAGGUCUGGUUCUAGUGACCUGAUCUAUCGGUUCAAGAAACCAAGCAAGCCUCGCAGUACACUUUGAUUUAUUUGUCCCAAUCAUAUACAAGAGUGCCUUUUGGAUGGGCUGGAUUUUAGGUUUCAAAUUCUUGGACUCUGUAAAUAUGAAGCUUAAUUAAGCCUGGUCUGGGUGGAAGCCAAUAAGCUGGGCAUAUUACCAAUAUAACAUUUGUUUACCAACCCUUGCUGAAAUGACUCAACUGUUACCAACCACCACU